GCCCUCUAGCGGUUGUUAGCUUCUUCCUAACUUUACCUCAGACUUCAUUCCUGACGCCGCGCGCGCCGCAGCUCGAGGCUCAGAAACGGGAGAAAAGAAAACUGACGCUUAAAGAAACCACAAACGCAGCGAUCCGUUAAACGGUGAACGUGUGAAAGAGGAGACGCGGUGUGUGUGUGUAAGGAGCCGUAGGAGAGACGCGAGGCUGCAGGAACAGAACAGAAUGGGAACCGUUGUUGCUGUUGCUGUUGUCGUCGUUGUUUUAUUAGAAGAAGAGAUUCUUCCCACAUUGUUGAGAUGAGAUCAUCGGAUCUGGCGUCUCCUUCCGUCUGAGCUUACAGCUGAAUUCCCAAACGCGGAAUUCUCGGGAUAUGGACAAGCGAGCUUCGCGUAAAUCACUGCAGAUCUGUUUUUUAUCUUCAUCAGAAAAGAAAUAACUGUACAGUACGUGUAAAGUUGACUGACCUGUCUCUCUCUCUCACACACACACACACACACACACACACACACACACGCGCGUAUGAACUGGAAUUACAUGGAUUUCUUUAAACUGGAAUGAACUUGGGGGGAAAAAAAUAUUUUAAUGCCUGGAUUAAAACUCGGACGUGAAAGCCGGAAGCUCGUUUAACUCGGAGACGUUUAUCGCUCAGCAGGAUGGCGGGAAAGGACUACAAUCAUCUCUUCAAACUGCUCAUCAUCGGAGACUCCAAUGUUGGGAAAAGCAGUUUACUACUGAGAUUUGCAGACAACUCCUUCUCUGGGAGCUACAUCACCACUAUAGGUGUGGACUUUAAGAUCCGGACGGUGGAGAUCGACGGAGAGAGAGUGAAACUGCAGAUCUGGGACACGGCGGGACAGGAGAGGUUCAGAACCAUCACGUCAACGUAUUACAGGAACACACACGGGGUCAUUAUCGUGUACGACGUGACGAACCCCGAGUCGUUUGUGAACGUGAAGAGGUGGCUGAACGAGAUCUCGCAGAACUGCGAUAACGUGUGUAAAAUAUUAGUUGGGAAUAAGAACGACGAUCCGUCUAAGAAGCAGGUGGACACUCAGGACGCUCAGAGGUUUGGGGAGACGGUUGGAGUUCGAGUGUUCGAGACCAGCGCUAAAGAAAACAUCAACGUGGAAGAGAUGUUCAUGGCGUUUACCCACAUGGUCCUGCGGGCGAAGAAACAGAGUCAGAGCCGAGCGGAGAGAGAGCGAGAGAGAGAGAAGGACACGGUUCACAUCAACGCUCACCGCGACCGCGACAGGAGGAAGAGAGGAAAGAAAUGCUGCUGAGAACCGAGAGAGAAAUGAACGCUGAGGAACCGGCUGAGGAACCGCGGCUCUCCGCCACACGUUACCUUUCACAUUAUGUUUAUGCGUGACUUUGCACUGAUGAGAGGAACUGGAACUGGAACUGGAACCUGGAACUGAAACUGGAACUGGAAGCCACUAUAAAGUACCCGAAUGGUGUUUUUUUUUUUUGUUUGUUUGUUUUUUUUUUUUUACAAACAUCUCAGUAUAAUUUUAUGACUAAAAUGCAGUCGGUGGUAUUACACUGUUAUUACACUGUUAUUACAAACCUAAUCAAAGAGCCAUUAACAGAGCUGAUGUGAUUCGUCAAUACGUUUAUGUCCAAUUAAAAAAAUAAAUAAAUAAAUAAGUAUUGAUGAGCCAAGUCAUGCGUCCAAAUUAAUCAUUAGCAAUAAAUUACUGUUUUAAAAAUGCACUAUA